GGUGUAGAGGAGAGAGAGAGAGACGCACAUACACACACACACGCGCUCACAUGCACUCACCCACACACACACACACACACACACACUGAGCUGCUCUCCUCAGCCCCGCUCUGUCUCUACUAACGGGACAAGUUUAAACCUUCAGGAUAUCUCCUCCGGUUUCCUCUCGCCUCCAUGUGAACGACUCGGAGUGAGGACGUUUAUUGCUGCUGAAGGAUGAUGAUGAUAAUGACGAUGAUGAUGAUGAUGGGAGGAGGCCACGGCCGAAGGUGCAGCCCUCGCUAGAAUCAUACUUUCUCUCCCAACUUCACCCCUCCACCCUAACAUCCUAUACUGCCAUCCCUCUGCCCGGCGCCAUGGCCAACCAUCUGGAGCUGAUCCAGGAGCUGCAGCAGCUGGACAAAGUGCCCAGUCUGGAGAGGCUACGGGCGGCCCAGAAGCGGCGUACCCAGCAGCUGAAGAGAUGGGCUGUUUACGAGAAGGAGAUGCAAAACAGGAAGCGAAAGGCUGACAAGAAGGGACGCAAUGCCAACAACCUCCAUCAAGCAGAGUCCAAGAGGCAUGUGUCGUUUGCCGCCAGCGUGGCUCUUCUGGAGGCAUCGGCCAGGAAUGAUCCAGAUGAAGUACGCUACCUGCUGAAGAACAAUGUGAGUCCGGACCUCUGCAAUGAAGACGGCCUCACCGCUCUGCAUCAGUGUUGUAUAGAUAACUACGAGGAGAUGGUGAAGAUCCUGCUGGACCGAGGGGCCAGCGUCAACGCUCAGGACAACGAGCUGUGGACGCCGCUGCACGCCGCUGCUACCUGUGGCCACGCAGGACUGGUCAAGGUUCUCAUUGCGCACGGGGCAGAUUUGCUAGCGGUCAACUCUGAUGGGAACAUGCCGUACGACCUGUGUGAAGACGACCCAACGCUGGACAUCAUUGAGACAGCGAUGGCCAACCGAGGCAUCACCCAGGAGAUGAUCAACGAGACACGAGCAUCGACAGAGAUGAGGAUGAUGGCAGACGUUCAGGACCAGCUGCGACAGGGAGAGGAGGUGAACCAGCAGGACUCUCAGGGAGCCACGCUGCUCCACAUCGCAGCAGCAAGCGGCUACGUGCAGGCUGCAGAGCUGCUGCUGGAGGGCGGAGCUCGCAUGGACCUGAGAGACUCCGACGGAUGGCAGCCUCUACACGCUGCAGCAUGCUGGGGUCAGAUGCAUGUGGCAGAGCUGCUGGUGUCUCAUGGAGCCAGUCUUAAUGCCAAGACCUUCCUGGAUGAGACCCCCAUCGAUCUGUGUGAGGAUGAGGAGUUCAGAGCCAUCCUGCUGGACCUGAAACACAAACAUGACAUUAUUAUGAAAUCACAGCUCAAACACAAGACCUCACUGUGUAGGCGGACAUCCAGUGCAGGCAGCCGUGGAAAAGUGGUGCGGCGAGCCAGCCUGUCGGACAGACACAACUUGUGCCGUAAAGAAUACGAGACCGAGGCCAUCGUGUGGCGGGGAGGGAGAGAGGAGGCGGAUGAAAAAGAGAAAGAGUCUGAUCAGGAGAAUAACCAGGUGGUUAAUGUCAAGCCGGUCUUGGCUGUGGAGCUGCCAGACAAGCCCAAGUUUCCCACCAUCCUCAAAGAUGGCAGCAGCAAACAGAACGGCCUCAUCUCCACGACGACGUCCACGCCGCAGCAACCGCCCCCCAAUGGCAACACGCAGUCGUCUGAUAAGUGCGGGACCAUCAUCCCCAGCCUGCCCAGUCAGGAGGAAGCCUGUCAGGAGGAGGCCUGUCCGAAAGAGCGCGCUCAGACUCUGUCUGAGCUCAAGAAACAGAGGGCUGCCGCCAAAUUGUUGAAUCACCCCUUGUUCAACGGUCACCUAGGUAACGGCUCCACAGACUCCUUCACUGAUGCCAAAAACAACUCUGAGGACCCCCGCAUGCCGCUGGUCUCCUCCAAUGGCAGCGCGGUUUACUACACACCGGCCAGCGGCGACCCGCCUCUCCUCAAACUGAAACAGCCAAUAGAAGAAGAGCAGCCGAAGGUGCGAACCUGCUGCUGCGUGUCAUAGCACCCCGAUCACCUGACUGGAGACGGAACAAAAAGUGUUUUGCACACAGGCGAGGAAAGUGCUACAGGAGGAGAGGAAGGAAGGAAGGAAAGAGGGAGUGUUCCUGUCUCUUCACAUCCUUUUCCUCCCCUCCAAGAAUGUAUCUUGUACCUCACUGCCAUGUGACUGAAUAGGAGACAUCUUCCACAAGCAGGCAUGUGUCAAGCGUAGCUGAGAGGAGGAAAAUAACCGAACAGUGCCACUUUCAUCCUCUAGGUGGCACUUGGAUUAAAAGUCUCCACAAGACAAAUGGAUGGAAAGCCAGUAAGAAGCUGCUCCUCUGGCCCUGAUGUCCCUCGGGCACCAUUAAGAAUCAAAGAGGGGACCGAUUGCUGUGUCAAACGUUAGGAAAGUAGAGACGAUCUCAAGGUACAAGGUGCAUGUUCGUCCUUAGAGGUAGAGAUAGAAAACUGUUUAGAAAAAUAUGGUUAUCAUGUAGUUGAACGACAUUUUCUUCACGUCAUAUUCCUUGGCCCAAUAGGCAAGAAUCUGCUCAAUGUAUCCCAUUACAUCAUGUCGUACUACAACAUAUCAGAAACGUAGCAAAAAGGGAUCUGUGACGUCUCCUUUGAAGUAUCUGUCAUGUUAGAAUGCUGCCUGCAUAAUUAAAGGGAAGGAAUGCCAUAAAAGAGUGUUAACAUAUUCAGGAAGUGUACCAGAAUAACAGGAAAGAGUUAAGUCCUGCACUAGUGUUUGAAACUGUCGCUAUAUAUUUUUUUGUCAACUAUACUUCACCGUCCUCUCAUAUCAAAACCUGAACUGACAGGUCAUGCUCUGUUUUAUGCAUUACUCCAUUUGCGCUCUCUUGUUUAAAUAAUUUAAGCAAACGCGGUUAAACAUUACUGUACAUUUCUUUAUUUAUUAAAUUAAUGUAAUGUGUAAAGAAAAAAUGAUGGUUCUUAAAGUUGACUGUAUUUAUUAUUUGGGAUGUUUGUGUGGAGAGCUUGAUGAAAUAUGAGAAUGAGCUGGCGCGUCUUCCAGCAAAGAACUUCCUGACGUGGAAAAAUUAAACGUUGAACAGAUGUGUAUGGAUGGUUAUUGUGUGCUAUGUGUUAUUAAAAUCACGCAAACAAGCCAUCCCAUUGGGACGGAUUUAUUAUUUGUGUUGCUACAAAUAACAGUGUUAUUUGUUCAUGUUUAUAUUUUUAUUUUCUGGUGGCCAUUGUGUGGCUUUAUCUUCUCCCAUUCACUGUAUUUGUUUUAUUACAGAAAUUGUAAGUGUUAUGUAAUGAAUUACUGUUAGUAUGGAAUUGUAUGCUUGCCUCAGUUAAUCUUUAAACAGUAAUCCACACAUGGAUUUGGUAUGUAGCGAGUAUGUCAGGUGUCCUUUAAUGCAUCAUGGUUUCAACAUGAAAUAUGAAAUCAAGUACUAGAAGUAGCUUCACUGCUUGAUUAAAGAAAUCAUUUGACAUUUUGUGAAAUAUGCUUUCUUGCCGAAGUUUAAAUGAAAAGUUUGGAAGCUUCAUAUUUAAAUCUCAGAUAUGAGUGUUAUCAAUCUUCUCACCCAACCCUCAGCAAGAAAGUGAAUAAUAAUAUAAUUUCCCAGAACUGCUCCUUUUAUUCUAAUAGCAGCUCCUCUAAUCUCCUUGUGAGUGUCAAAGAGUCUUCCAUGAUUUGAAAAACAAUUCAUGGGGGACAUGUAAAACUUUGGGGUAAGAUUUUUUUCUUGACAUAAAUUUGUCUGAUUCUGAUGUCCAAACCCGUUGUGACGACCCACAAUGCCACUGGCACUUAAUUACAUUAACAUCAACUGUACAGUGGCAAAUAUUUAUACAGAUGCAUUUGUAAAUACUUCUGGAUUGGUAUCCCCUAUGUGUUCCCAUGAACUGCAUUUACAUGUAUGUGUUGUUACUGUUGAGGAACAUAUAUGUAGAUACAAUUACCCACAUUGAGAUCAGCUAUUUGGUUGUAGAUGGAGAAACUGAGUCUAUGUAGCCACCUUCAGUAGCCCAAUAUUUAAAGAUCUAUCUGGAAAGUCGGUGCACACAGGUGUCGUCAUCAUACUUGUGACUAGUGUCUGCGGACGUUUUUUUUUUGGUCUGAUUGAAAGCUGUAUGUUUUUUUUUUAACUCAAUUUGAGGAAGUACAAUAGAAGUCACAGUCAAAGAGAUUGCUAUGUCCACUAUUUGUGGUUCCUUCUCUAUUUCUUGUUUUAAAGCGUCAUCUUGUUAUGAUUCGGCAAAAAUGUACUGGAGUUAAUCCAGUUCACAUUUAUCCUUGCUGCUGCAAUCGAUUCAAUUUAAAUGUCCGAUCUGCUUUCUUGCUAAUGAAAUCUAAAUCACAUUAAAUUGUAUUUUUUAACUGCGACUUGGUCAGUGACUCGGUAUUAGCCAGAAAGGGACAGUCACCUGUUAAAAAAGUACCCUAUGUUCUCAUGGUAUAGAUCAAAGCUUGUGUUUGUGUGCAAGCCUCUACAACAAUAAGAUUAUAAAGACGAAAAACUACUGAUUUUAUAAUUACUGGAAUAUGUGGAUGGUUGCAUUAACAUAUUUUGAAUAAAUUGUAUAUUUUGAGAAUUUUA